UUAAACAAAACUAAAAAAGUCACUGUUUAACACAAACCACACACACACCUCGUAGCACUACUCUCUCUCUCUGUGUCUCCAAAUUCAAUGGCCACGGCAGCAGCAGCACCUCCACUCUAUGCCUCUUCUUCUUCUUCUUCUUCAUUCUCCAGCUCUCCCAAUAAACCACUCUUUAAUAAUAUCUUCUUUCUCCGACCACCGCUACCAUCCACUAAAUUAACAACAACGCCUAGGCUUUCCGUGUCGGCCGCCGCAACCACAGCCGUGGAACUAGGCCAGGCCCCACAAUCCUCCACUCCCGCCAAAACCUUGCCGUUUCGGGUCGGGCACGGGUUCGAUCUGCACCGGCUGGAGCCCGGGUACCCACUCAUCAUUGGUGGGAUUGACAUACCCCACGAUAGAGGCUGCGAGGCUCACUCCGAUGGAGAUGUGUUACUACAUUGUGUGGUUGAUGCAAUUUUGGGUGCUUUGGGCCUUCCUGAUAUAGGGCAGAUAUUUCCAGAUAAUGAUCCUAAGUGGAAAGGAGCGCCAUCUUCAGUUUUCAUCAAAGAAGCUGUGAGACUCAUGCAUGAGGCUGGUUAUGAACUUGGAAACUUAGAUGCCACUUUGAUUCUUCAAAGACCAAAAGUGAGCCCUCACAAGGAGGCUAUCAAGGCGAACUUGUCUGCGCUGCUUGGAGCUGACCCUGCUGUUGUAAAUCUAAAAGCAAAAACUCAUGAGAAGGUUGAUAGCCUUGGGGAGAAUCGGAGUAUUGCUGCUCACACUGUGGUUCUUCUUAUGAGGAAAUAGAAAAGGGGCAGGAAUUGUGUCUAAAUGUAAGAAUUGUGUGCUGUUAGCAUAGUUGUACACUGGUUUCACAGAUCCAAUUACGUACUUGACAAAACCAUUGGUUUGGGAUAGAAUACCAUGGGGUUGUUGUACACUUAAAAAAACAAUAUCUUUUCUUAUAAAAAAAAAAACCUUCUCUUUUACCCUUUCUUCCUAAGGUAUAAUAAUAUAUGUAAUUGUUGAACAAGUGUAUUUUUUCAGAUAUGUAUGAGCUCUUUGCUAAAAUUA